AUGGAGGCUGAGCCACUGCUGUACCGGCGGCGGCGGCAACAGGUGACCCCCAGGCAGCCACAGGCAGCAGCUCAGGUCCCCUGGACGACCAUCACACCCAUCCCUGGGGACAGGCCCACUCUGUUCCCCAGACCCAUCCCGUCAUGGAGCCCCACCAGGUCCCGCACACGCAGGGGCAACCAGGGGGGCGGGCGCUCCGUGCCCCGCAGCAGUGUCACAGGGCCACGGAGAUUGUCCGUGUCGGACUUGCCGCCUCUCCACGGCCCUCAGUUGACACUGGCCCCUCCACAGCAGCUCAGUGCUCAAAGCUCAAGGGCAUCCACUGACUGCGUUAAGCUGCCCCCUCUGCCAGCAGCAGCAGCAGCCUCUGGAUCCUCUCCCAGAGGCACAGCACGUGCUGUGGGCCCCAUGGCCAGGGGCCAGCGAAAGCAUGUGCCACCUCCUCCAUGGGGCACUCUGGCUGCGGGCAGAGCCCAGGGAACACCUUCCCUGGGGAGCAGAACCGGAGGGCUCUGGAAUGGGUCAGCAGCAAGGCAGGGCCACUGCCUGCCACCCAUGACACCUGCACGCGGCGUGCCGCUCCGCACCGGGGUGCAGCCGGCUUGGAAGCCUGUGUGGUGCUCUGUCUGUGAAAACCCACAGCCCUGUGCCACUUCUGUAAAGGAGCUGGAGGAAAAGCGGGAGGAGGAAGAGCACCCAGAAACACAGGCUGCAGGAGAGCGGGACCGAGACCUGCAGAGCACAUCGCUUGCCCAAUUGGAAGAGAAUCAGCAAAAGAGAGAGGAGCUGGAGAAGGUGGAGGAAGAUAAAAUGUACGCAGAGCUCUUUGGAGACAUCUUCUCCUCCGUGAGCAGGGAAGACCCUUCUGUGCCACUCAGCGCUUGCAGUGUGACUGAAGAGGCCAGAGGAGCAGCACAAAACUACUUGGAGCUUGUGUCUCGUGAGCUGUUGGCAGACUUGGGAUUUGACUCUGAGGAUUCGCUGUUGCUGGAAACUCUUCUGAACGAGCUCCUGGAGAAGUGGGAGCAAGAAAAAGUGGCAGGUGUAGCAGCCUGA